GUAUUCAAAAACGGGAGCUCGCGAUCUACCCGAGAAAGACGGCGCCCGCUCUUCGGCGAAUCCCUCGGACCGCGGCCGCCAUUUUCUAACCUCUCUCGGGCGCCUCUUCGGCCGUUCGCAAUUUUUCUAGAACAUUCGAUCUGCCGGGAAACCUCGAGGUUAUUUUUUUUACCGGACUGGGAAGGUGGCCAGACCUCGUGGAUUUUUUUCGAGACCUUCGGAGGGCGUUUUCUUCGGGUUUUGAAUUUUUCUUUGCCCGGUUGUCACCUCGGACGAUCGUGGACGCGACAUGUCGCGAGUGUGCAAGAGGUGAGAGGAAGACCGACUUUGGGAAGACCAAACGAGGAUUUUGAGCUUUUGGGGAAGUGCUUCUGGGCACCCGCACUUUUUUUUUUCUGCGCGGGAAGUUCAACUGCAAGAAUGAAGGGAGGAGACAUCGUUAGGGACGACAUGCUGAAGGAUGGAUACGUGAACCACGCCCUGACAGGGUCAGGGGUUAGUUUAAACAUCCCCAACACAAAUGGCACUCAGCUACUUAACAAUUCACAUGGGCCACAUCGCGAAAUACAGGGCUCCUCGGAUUUCAUCUUGGUGGAAGAACCAAGUGACGAGGAGACCAAGCCGAAAGAAGGUGCCUGUAACGCGGUUCUGCGAUACGCGAGGCGGCGCACUCUAGCGGUCUGUACGAAAAAGACGCUCUACAAGAGGCUACCCAUCCUAAGAUGGCUGCCGAGGUACAACGGCCAAGACGCCCUCGGAGACCUGGUCGCGGGGAUUACGGUCGGCCUCACCGUCAUCCCCCAAUCGUUAGCCUAUUCCAACGUAGCCGGUCUGUCGCCAGAGUACGGUUUAUACGGCAGUUUUUUGGGCUGCUUCAUUUACAUCGUCUUCGGAUCCUGCAAGGACAUACCUCUGGGACCCACCGCAAUAGUUUCUUUAUUAACUUAUCAAACCGUGGCUCAUCUCGAAGCGAAAGCGCAGCAUGCGAUUCUUCUUUGCUUCCUCUGCGGUCUGGUGGAACUCUUCAUGGGUAUAUUUGGGCUUGGUUUUCUGAUCGACUUCGUAUCGGGGCCGGUGAGCUCGGGUUUCACAUCGGCUGUGGCGCUGAUAAUAGUCACUUCCCAGAUAAAAGACGUUUUGGGAAUCACUGCGAAAGGGGCCACUUUUGUACAAAUGUGGAAAUCCAUGGCCCAAAGUGUUCACGAGACUUCUGCCUGGGAUGCUGCAUUGGGUGCCUCCUGUAUUGGACUUCUCCUGAUAUUGCGGAUGUUAGCGUCGAUGCGCAUUGGCCCUGAAGAAGAGGAACUUCGAUCGACCAAACACAAAGUGGUCAAUAAAAUUUUGUGGCUCACGGGGACUUCCAGAAAUGCUCUUUUAGUCAUUGUUUGCGGCAUUUUAGGAUACAGCUUUCCCGGAAACUCGCCAUUCAAGUUAAUCGGUCACAUUCCUGGAGGAAUGCCUACGUUUCAAUUCCCUCCAUUCUCUUACACAAGAGAAGACAAUUCGACAGUUUCCUUCGUGGAGAUGGCCUCAAAUCUGGGCAGUGGUAUUUUAGUUUUACCACUAAUAUCCCUGAUGGAAGACGUGGCCAUAUGCAAAGCAUUUGCCAACGGGAAAUCCGUGGAUGCAACUCAGGAACUAAUAGCUAUUGGAAUGGCUAAUAUCGGGAAUUCAUUCGUCCAAGCGUUUCCUGGGACAGGAUCGUUAAGCAGAAGUGCAGUCAACAAUGCAUCCGGCGUAAGGACCCCCAUGGGAGGGCUCUAUACCGGCUUAUUAGUGAUACUAGCUCUUCUCUUCUUAACCCCAUACUUCAGUUACAUUCCACGAGCCACCUUGGCAGCCAUUAUCAUAGCUGCUGUUAUCUUCAUGGUGGAAGUCAAAGUUGUCAAGCCAAUGUGGAGAACGAAGAAGUCGGACUUAAUACCGGGCCUAGGAACUUUUAUCGCCUGCCUUGUCCUGCAAUUAGAAGUUGGCAUUCUUUGCGGAGUUGGGUUAAAUGUCCUCUUCAUAUUAUAUCAUGCAGCCAGACCAAAGAUUUCUGUGGAAAAACUCACGACCCGAAGGGGAAUCGAGUACCUGAUGCUGACGCCCGAUCGGUGCCUGAUCUUCCCCUCGGUGGAUUACGUGAGGAACCUGGUCACGAAAUACAGCAGAAGGGCCGGCAGCGUGGCUACCCCCGUGGUUAUCGACUGCUCGCACAUCUACGGUGCCGACUUCACGGCGGCGACCGUCAUCGAGUCGUUGACUAAGGACUUCGCCGCCAGAGGGCAGCCCCUCUUCUUCUACAACGUGAAGCCGUCCGUGUGCGCCGUUUUCGAAGGAGUAGCCCCAACGGAUUUCAUCGUCUACUACACCCAGGAUGCAUUGGACGAUCUGCUGAAAGAGCGGGGGUAUCUGAAACAGAUAAAGGACAUUCCACCCGCCUAAACGUAACCUCCAAAUCUGCACCAACGGCAGAUGUUAGUCUCCGAGCGAUGUUGGAGGACAUUCCUCCCGAGAAGUGGGAUCUCCCCGGAUCUGCAAUACCAGCAGUUAGCUUUGAUAUUCGAAGAAAUAAGGGGAAGAACUUAUCUUAGUUCCGUGGUGCGAUCUUCGAGAAAUGCCGAGUUACUUUGGAAAGUAGCUUGUCGUUUCUAGAGGUAGUUACGAGAAUCACCGGAGGGGUCGCUACUCAGAUAACACCAUUGUACCUAUGAAUAUUCUUUAAAUCUUUUUAUUUACUCUGGAUAUUUGGAAUAUCUAGUGAAUAUUCUGUAUAUACAUUCAUAAGCCAGAACAUGCUUUAAAUAUUCUAAAAAAUUCUGUGCUUCGUGAAUAUUCAUUGGAUAUCUUAAAUACUUAAAUAUUUGCAUCAUAUUCUGGGAACAACAAAAUAUUCUACCUGAACAUUCGUAGAAUGUUCAUGGGAUCCAGGAUUGUUCUCUGGGUAGUGAUGCACCUCCGAGGGUUGUUGCUGGUUCCACUAUUGUUUCCAUUAUUGUUAUGGAUGUAGCGAUUUAUGAUAUCCAUUUCCCUCUCUAAGUUCUAUACUCAUAGAAGUAUAGUGCCACUAUUGUUUCAUCUAUAUGUAAAUUAAAUUAUGGCCUUGCUGGUCGUGAGGCAUGCCAUCUAUAAGCAAUGUGGAGAACAGACGAAUUAUGAAGUAGAGCCCUCUACUCCAUUGGUGCUGGGAAAUGGAACUAGUGAUACAAAAGUGGAACUGUGCAGUUGGAGACGGUCUCGGGGAUCACCUCGUUAGCUGUCUUCCUAUUCGUUUCCAAUUUAGAGAGUAGUACGGAAGAGAAGCCGCGAGAGGUUUCAUCUUUCUUCUGACGAAAUGGUUCCGAACAUGAAGUAGUAUAAGGAGACAUAACGCAAAUGGUCGGUUCCACAGAAAGUAACCCCAGAAUCGGGACUGAGGGCGUUUAUUACGUAUUUUUGACGAGAGCGCUCACUUUUCGCAUUUUCAUCUCACAUGGGUUUAUUCUCUAUAUGAAAGAACGAGAUCACUAACAAUUCCGGUAUAGUAAUAUUGCCCAAAUAAAGGUACGUACCUUGUAAAUCAAAAAUUGUUGAGAGGAAAUGGUUUAUAGGUAGGCAAGGCGGAAAGAUGGAAAACUGUUAAAAGUAAAGAAGAGGACUCGAGUCUAUCUAUAUUUUUUAAAUAUGUAUUACAUUCAUAUUUACAUGUACC